UGAACAUUUGAAAAUAAUUAUCUGUGAUAAAGCACCAAUACAGACCGUUUUACAUUAAAUUGAUAAAUAUAUGAAGUCUUACUGAUCGAUUAUGUGAUAAAUAAAGUACCUACCUAUCUACGAUGUUAAGUUGAAAAUUAAAUGUAAAUAUGUCUGUAAUUCAAACAUCUUAUUUAAUAGUUGGUGGUGGAAUUGCAGGUGUAACUUGUGUUGAAACUUUGGGUAUACUACACCCAGAAGACAGACUCAUUAUAAUCACUGCGUCUUCUCUGGUGAAAAAUGUCAGUAAUGUUAGUUUUCUUGCCAAAACGAUAAUUAAAUUUGAUGUGCAUGAGAGUGAAGCAAGUUCUUUGCAGAGGAUACAUCCCAACCUCAAAAUAGUUUACGAUUCUUUACAAUAUAUUGAUAGUCAAAAUAAAAUUGUCACAACAGAUGGUGGACUAAAAAUAAAUUACAAUGUUAUUUGUAUUUGCACUGGUGGAGUUCCAAGACUAAUAGCAGAUUCUAAAAGAUGCAGUAGAAUUCUUGGAAUAAGAGACACUGAAUCAGUUCAAGAGUUCCAAGAAAAAUUGAAAUCAGGUCACAGAAUGGUUAUUGUGGGCAAUGGAGGUAUUGCAUCGGAAAUAGUUCAUGCAACGAAAGGUAUACAGAAAGUGUGGGUUAUUCGAGAUGAUUACAUAUCGGCAACAUUUAUUGAUCCUGGUGCAGCUGAAUUUUUUCAGAAUACUAUUAGAAAUAAAUCAAAUAAUCAGACACCUGACAAACACCCAACAAUUUUAAGAAGGCACAUCUUUACUGAAGAAGAUACAUUGGUUUCUUUGAAUAAGAACUUAAAAUCUGCUGCUUUGGGACCUGAUUGGUUUCGUAAGUUGGAAGUAAAGAAUGAGACAGGAGAUCAAGAAUUAGAAAUAAUUUAUAAGGUGGAAGUUCAAUCAGUUAAUGAAGUAAAUGCAGACUUUCCACUAGAGGUUGAGCUUUCUAAUGGCAGGAAAAUACAGUGUGAUUUUGUUGUAUCAGCAACAGGAGUUGAACCCGCUAUAAAUUAUGGUUGGGAUGUAGAACCAAAAAAAGGUGCUGAUGGUGGGUUAUGUGUAAAUGAGUUGCAGGAGACAUCAGUAAGAGAUGUUUUUGCAGCAGGAGAUGUUGCUCAUGCAGCAUGGGAGUUUUCACCCCACUGGUUCCAGUUACGCCUAUGGACACAAGCUAGGCAAAUGGGGGCAAUGGCUGCCAAAGCUAUGCACGGUAGACUGACCAAUGAAGAAGUGUUGCAAGAUUUUUGCUUUGAAUUGUUCACUCAUUGUACUACAUUAUUUGGUUAUAAAGUUGUACUUCUGGGCAAAUACAAUGGCCAAGGUUUAGGUGAUAAUUAUGAAAUAUUGUUACGCACUACUCCCUGUAUGGAAUAUAUAAAAUUUGUUUUACAAAAUGGUAAACUCCAAGGUGCAAUUUUAAUAGGAGAAACAGAUAUUGAAGAGAUGUGUGAAAAUUUAAUCCUAGACCAAAUUGAUUUGUCACCAUUUGGUGAUGAUAUUUUAAAUCCAGAUAUAGAUAUUGAUGACUAUUUUGAUUAAAUUCAGCUUCUAUAUUUAUAUUAAAGUAUUUAAACAGAUAUUCAAUUAUAUGUGUACUAAUAGGUUUAUAAAAUUAUGCAUAUCGGAUUAGCCAGUGAUGUUCUUAUGUUUCUGUACCAUAAAGUAAAUAAAAAUGCAUAGCUAUAACUGA